GACCGAGAGAGAAAGAAGACAGAGGGGUGAAGGGGGUUAAGAGGAAACAGUUGGUGCUGGCCAACACCAACUCAUCUCCCACUCUUUUUCUCUCUUUCCCUCCCACUCCCUUCCUCUCCCCCUUGUCUCCACUCCUCUCUCUCUCUCUCUCCUCACUCUUUAUUCUCCCGCUUUCUCUCUCUCCCUCUCCCCCUAAUCUCUGUUCCUUUCUCUCUGUCUCUCCCUCUCCCCCUGGCACACUGAUCAGUGUAGCAUGAAGCUUUUAAUUGAGGCGCAUGUGUAUCAUUCCUGUGAGCUGCGGCAGAUUGGAUUAGCAGAGCGAUGUGUCAUUGAGUUGACUGACAAAAGACUACCACUGCACAGAGGGAAGUAGAGUGAGAGAGUCAGGCGCAGAAGAGUGGGAGAGAAAUAGGCUGCUCUUUUAGGUGGGUUUCUUUUGGAGAACGUUAGGGAACAUUGUGGCAAUAUUUACCAGGAAUCUGUAGCUUCAAAGGGAUAGGAGUUUAAAAAAACGAAUCACAGUACCCGGGCACCAUGCUUCUAGGUACGCUGUCCCAGGCCAACCCCCUCCUGGCCUCCCUAUCCCUCCCGGGACGGCCCCUCCAGACCCAGCUGGACAUCAAGCACUUCCUGCCGCUCCACGUCAACGCCUCCUCCCCCCUCAACCUCUUCCCCAACUUCAACAUGUCUGGCUUGUUUUGUGUGCGACAGAUGGACCCGGUUCAGAAGGCGGUUAUCAACCACACGUUCGGUGUUGCACCGCCCAAGAGGAAACAGAUCAUCUCCUGCAACAUCUGUCACCUCCGCUUCAACUCCACCAACCAGGCUGAGGCUCACUACAAGGGCCACAAACACGCACGCAAGCUGAAAUCCAUGGACGCCCAGAGGAACCGUCAGAGGGGCCAGGGCUCCAUGGCAGGGAGGGAGAGAGACAGGGAGAGGGGGAAGACUGGAGUGGAAAAGUCCCUACCAGCACUGAUGGACCCCAGCCUCACAGAGGGAACAGGUAAAAUACCAGGCCUGCUCUCGUCUCCCCAGCUAACCACCAGACCGAAGCUGGAUGACACCCUCCAGGGGGUCUCCCCCACCCCUAUGCCCAUCUCGGAGACCUCUUCCCUGGACGUCUUGGCCCUCAUCUCCCCCCAGGUCUCUCCUGCUGUCUACCAGCUCUCGGAGCUCACGUCAGACGGUAGCCCUAUGGAGGGCCCCAGCCCGACCCCAGACUCCAACCCGUCACUGGAGGGCCAGGGGGAGUCCCCAGGGGCACCAGGAGGGGAAGAGGAGACUAGUCAGGGCAAAAAGAGCCCCCCCACCAAGCAGCACCUCCACUGUCCCAUGUGCAAAAUCACAGUCAACUCCUCGUCCCAGCUAGAAGCCCACUAUAGCGGCUCCAAACACAAGCAGAUGCUGGAGGGCCAGGCGGGUGCUCAGGCGCGACACCGAGGUAAGGUAAUGUCAUUGCCUAGGCCGACAUGCAGGAGCAAGCAGGCAAUCAGCAGCAAGGCCAGGGUGGGCGUGGCCCUGGCUAGCCAACCGUUCCACUGCGAGAUGUGCGAGGUGUCCGUCAACUCGGAGACGCAGCUCAAACAGCACAUGAGCAGCAGAAGACACAAAGAUCGGUUGUCAGGAAAGCCCCAGAAACCGAAGUUCAGCCCUUAUACUAAGAGCCAGCCAAACCCUCUUUUAGCGAGCGUGAGAUGGAGUGGUUUCCCGUUUGGGGGGGUGACCUCGGCCAUAGGGAAACUGGCCAGCCACUGCCACCUCAGCACUUACAGCCCUCAGACCAAACUGGCCCUGCAGAAGCAGCUGUCCAAGGCCCUGUCGGCAGGUUUCCUGGCCAGCCACAUGAACCCGGCCACCCUUUGCACCAUGGCCUCCAAUCCUCUGACCCUGCGUGGCCCCCCGGGGCCAGGCCACACACCCCUCAUCCAGACCCCCCUGCUCAGCCCUGCGCUCUUCAGGCCCGCCCCGGGGCCCCUGAGGGCCACUCACAGGCCCAUCAUCUUCUCUCCGUACUAGCCAAGCUUGGACUAGCCUGGAUCAAAUUGGCAUACAUUUACAUUUUAGUAGAGCAGACGAUCUAGCCCAGCCUUUCUAGAUGAAAAAUAAGGACCUAAGUGGAGCUACUCUGAGGCCCUGUCCAGAAACAACCCUUUACCCUCCCACCUUGUCUACAGUACAGUACUGGCAGUUGUCUACAGUACUGUAUAUCAUUUUAUACUGUAUAAAAUGAUUAGAUAGGUACUGUAUGUAAGCAAUACGGUUGGAGCUCCACUUUGACUUCUAAUAGGCUAAGUGGAAUGUUCACCCUAUUGCUGAAACCCAUCAAAUCCUUUCAGAUCUUCACAAGUGCACAGAGGUUAAGGGUUGAUUUUGGACAGGACCUAAAACAUCUAUGCAGCCAAUGAGAGCAGAGCAGCGUGCCACCAUGUCCAACAUGCAAAACCGCUUACUGGCUACGGUGCUACACACUGGAGAACCAGAGAUGGCCGUGGCGUUUCAGCCACAAAAUUGCUGCCCCUCUCUCCCGUUGGCUCUCUGAAGACUGUCGACUGCAUGCUCCAACUUGGUCUGGAGGACCCUCUUUGAAGCCAUAGCGACGAACGAUCAAGUUGUAUUUGUUUUGUGCUAUUUAUUAGAUGACGAUAGAGAAGUAGGCCUAUAUUUAUGUCACGUAUAGUGUGCGUUGCCGAUGUCCCCUCGCUUUAGGCUUUUCCAAACUGUUUCACUCUGGGAGUAGGCCCACACUGUCAGAUUUCCCUUGUCCAGUAUUAGUCUAUCACAUUUUGUCAAGGAUACUGUUUCAUUUGUUUUGUGCUUUCAGCUAAGGUACUUUUCAACUAACACUUUCAUUGAAACCCGGUAUUAAAUCCCAAAAGAGCUAACCUAGCUAGGUAGAGUAUCCACCGCAUUCACGGUAAAUGCUACAUACUGUAUGUCGGCUCAAUCGGAAAGGACUUUCAAAUGUCAAUUCGCUAUAACGCGGAUCUACCUAAACGGUUUGAAGCCUGGCUUUGGUCUGGGAAUGUGAUGCACGAUGCCAAUGUGAGACCCCGAGUCCCAGCAACCACAGACCCAUCAGACAACACAUUAUUAGUCAUUCUGUGUGGCUCAGGCAACGGCAUGGUCAUGUGUUCAAUUCUCGCAGGGAACACAUACACGUACUAAAGAAUGUAUGCACUCACUGUACUUCAAGUCGCUCUGGAUAAAUGAUGUAUACCCUGCUCUCAGCAUUUGACAGAGAAAGAUACAUAAAUGUAGCUGGUCCCAGAUCUGUAUAUGCUUUCAAGAUAUUCAGAGGAGCUGGCUCAAGCAGAUCUGAAGUCAGGUUAACAUUGAUGGGUAUAAGAAAGUAUCGAUGAGGUAAGGGUCAC